UAUUUGAUUGCUGAGAUUCGCGAGAAAAGGUUUAUUUUUGAUAAAUUUAUGAAUAAUAAAAAGACAAAUUAAAAACAAAAAAGUAAAAUUACUAAAAACCUUUCAAAUUUUAUCAUUUUAACUUAAAGCCUUUGAGUGUUAAGUUCUCGCUAAUUAGUGAAAAAUGAAUUUUUUGGUUUCAAUUCUAUUUUUGUUUGUCGUUUGGCAAGUCGAUGCCCAGGACACGGAGGCAGCAGUCGAGCAAAUAAUUAAUUCUAAGCCAGUUUGUGAUCAAAAUAAAACAGUGCAAUGCGGAAGAAGUUGUGGAGAGUAUUAUGUUUGCAGAAGAGGCCUAUCCACUCCCCUCUCAGUGAAUCGCUGUCCGACUGAUCGUCCCUUUUGCAAUAUCGGAACUCACGUCGACUCUUGUCACACACAACGAGAUCCCUCUCGUUUCACCUGUCAACCAUUACCUUUUCUGUUUCAAUGCACCGAUGCCGGUUACUUUCCCGAUCCCAUGGAUUGCUCAAGUUACUUUAUUUGCGAGCCAUUUGAAAAUCGUUUCAACCCGACACGCAAAACGUGUCCCGAAGGACUUGUGUACGAAUCACGACUUCGUAGAUGCACUGCAGUGUCGGUAAAUAAUCCAUGUCGCACAAUUACCUGCGAAAACGGAACAUCGGACUUUCAAGCGUAUCCGGGAAAUGCUGGAUAUUUUUAUAAUUGCGUCGAUCGGUCGAUAAAUGUGCCAAGUGGAAAAAUUCCCGUGAUUUAUCGAUGUCCAACUGCGGGUAGUGGUACAAAUGUGGCUUUUAAUGCGACAACAAGAACUUGCAGUUAUGCUUGCAAUGGAAGUGGAAGAAUGUGGGUUUCGGAUGCAGCGAGGGAAUUUUAUCAGUGCACUUCAGGAAAGCAAGCUUUGUUGGAAAGAUGCCCACAAGACUUUCGAUUUAACUCAAAUAACGGACUUUGUGUCACUGAGUAAAAGGGAAAUUUGAAGAGAAACAAAAUAUUUUGAAAAAUAAAUAUUUUUUAUUAAUA